CAGUAUUUCACCUCUUCAAUCCUUCUUCUCUGACAUUAUCGUUGCGCAUUUCCUUUGUGAGCCUUUCAGCGUGUUUCACAUAGACUGCAAGAGCAGAAACAUCAGGUUUAUGCUUGCGCUCGGUCACAUUUCGCAACUGCGGCGAUGAACAGUACGAUAUACGCGACGGGCAACAGAAGACAGCGAUUGUUGUAUUCUCGAUAGCGCCCGGUUUGGCCGAGUAUCUUACAGAAAUCAAGCAAAAAGCCAAGGGAAUACCACCACCGUUUACAAGGCUGAACAUCAGGGGUGCGACAUGGCACACGGACACAGCGAUCCCGAGCGCAGGAGGAGGAAACGCAACCAUUCGUCAUCUCGAACAUCCAACUCUAGAUCGACGCCCAAACAACCGCUCGUUUCGCAACCAGUCGUUCAAGUCAACACGCAUGUGCAUCCGCACGCCGUCCAAGCAGUUUCGACGCAGCACCUGAACUAUCCGAUGUACGCUGCACAUCCACCUGGCCCGCCUCCACUAUAUCCAGGUGGCCCACCUCAGCAUCUUGUGUACGGUGCAGCUUUACAAUAUUCACAACAGUAUGUGCAACCAUAUGGAUCUCCGCCAUUGCAACCUGUCCCAGCUCCACACAACCCUUCGGUAGCGCGAUUUGCGUCUCCUUCGCCUCCUCAGCAUCCGCAACCAAGGAUAUCUUCGCGCGAAGAAGGUCCAUUCCAACAGCAAUGGAACAGACUAGAUCGCAUGGCAGCGAAGUCAAAUGCGGACUUGCGACAGGGGACCUCAAAAUUGAUCACAAGUUACAUCGAGCGACCAACACAUGCUAUAGCAAUGAAGAGCAUGCAAACGUUAUGUCAAGGUGCGGCGUUGUGCGAUGUCAUCAGCUCCAAAUUCGACGCAGUCAUUACUAGCAUUGAUGAUGACAAGUUCAGCGGAAAAGAGGAGGAUCUGAAAGUAUACGAGGAUACGCAACAACGACCGAGUAGCUCGAACCCACCACCCGGACGCGGAAAAAGUACAACAGAAGACCAGGUUUACGAGGCACUGGGAGGCGACAAAGGUUCAAAUCACUUUGCCAAGGUCUGGCUCUACUCGAACUCCCGUCUCCCACCACAUCUUCCACCUUUCAAAGUCUACAUGCCGACUUAUCCACUUCUGUGCCUGGCUGCAACGUACUCAGAGCGUGUCUAUGUCCCUCCAGUGCCGAAAUCGAAGGAAGUCGAGAACCACAUCCCAGCAAACUGGCGCAGCGGUACAAAAGCCAUGGUCCUUAAAUCUAUCCCAGUUGAGGAUAUGAACACAGUUGUCUUCGCGAUCCGCGGCAGCCAGACGUUCAUGGACUGGGCCGUGAAUUACAAUUCGGCCCCCACCAGCCCGGAGGGCUUCCUCGACGAUCCUUCGAACUUCUGCCACGCAGGCUUUCUCUACGUAGCGCGAAAAAUGGUCAAACCUGUCGCCGACCGGCUUAGAGUCCUCAUCCAAGAGAACCCCGCCCGCAAAAAUUGCAGUCUUCUCAUCACGGGCCAUUCGGCUGGCGGCGCCGUCGCCACCCUCUUGUACGCGCACAUGAUGAGCAAUUCCGUCGACAGCGAGCUCAGCUACCUGACCGACUUCUUCAAACGCGUGCACUGCGUGACAUUCGGCGCGCCACCCAUAUCGCGCUGGCCGUUGAGAAAAUCAGACAACCCGCGCCACAAGAAGAGUCUGUUCUACUCGUUCAUCAACGAAGGAGACCCCAUCCCGAGGGCGGAUAAGAGCUUCUUCAAAAGCCUAAUCAAACUAUACACAACACCCGCACCUUCCGUCUCCGCACUGGGCCAAACAAUAGCGAACAUGAGCAAACUUAACCUCUCCCAAGCGCCCCCCUCCUCUCCACCAAAAUCCCGCCUCCGCCUCAGGAGACCCAGUAAAUCAACACUCCCAACGCCCUCUAGACCGAACACUUCACCAUCUUCGGUGGGCGUUGAAUGGCACAUUCCGCCCUGCGAGCUGAGUCCCGCAGGCAGACUGAUCGUGCUAAGGCAGCGCCCGGGGAGUCGACGUGAGGAUGAUGUCGAGGCUGUUACUGUCGAGGAGGAUAUGCUGAGGAAGGUCAUGUAUGGCGAUCCGUUGAAGCAUCAGAUGCGUGUUUACAAGCAGCGGAUUGAUGCGGUGGCUACUAGGGCUGUUACGAUGGGUGGGUAG